AUGGAAAUAUCAAAUUCUUGUCAAGUUAAAAUUACUGAAGAAUUAACUUAUGUAUUUUCGGGUACAUCUGGAAACUAUACUCAGUUAUCAAGAAACAUUCCCUUCACAAUUGCUAAUCAAAUUUCUACACAACAAGUUUCGGUAGAAAUAUUAGAAAUUAAAAAUCAGACGAAUUCGUUAAAUUUGGACCUGAUUAGCAUUUCUUCCACAACAUUGCAAAUUGGAUCUAGUGCUUAUAUCAUUGUUUCUGCAUUAACACCGAAAAUUCAACUUUCUUCCGAACAAUCGUAUUUGGAAAUUAGGUUAAAAAGACAAUUUUUAGUGAGUGGACCAGUUAGAAAAUAUGAUCAGGCUGUUGAUACGAGUAUUGUAAAACAAUCAUUUGAAGAAUAUGCUAAAAUUGAACACUUGACUUGUAAUUUUACCUUUACAAAUGGAUUAAAUGGAAGUUCAUUAAGUCCAGGUUUGACUUCUGGCGUUGUGAAUGGAAAUGUUGUGACAUUUAGUGUGAGUGAAGUGAGUUCAACCUCAACUUUUGAUCCAUCUGUUAGAUUUCCAUCUAUUUACGAUUUUACAACAUGUGUUCCAACAAAUGAUACAUUUAUUAUUAUUCUCGUUGUUGUGUUGGAUGUGGAUUAUUUGCCAGUUUUUACAAAAAGAUUCCAGUAA